CGAAAAUCAGAGUUGGACUGUAACACCCCCUGCGCCUAGAGGGCAACCAUGGCCGAGGAGAGCGCCGACGUUCCCCGGGAGUUGAUAGGUAAGGUCGCGCGGAGGCUGUUUCCAUCUUCCUCUGCGUCCUCCUCCCCUCCCCUUCCCGCCUCUGCCUCCUGCGGGUCCCCCGAGUCCCCGUGCUCCUUGGGUCGCAGCGGUGGUGGGCAGGGUCGCUGGGGGGCGCCGGGAAGUUUGCGCCCAUCUGAUUGCUGGGAGAGCCCGAGGCCGGAGAGGGAGGGCGGGGGCAGAGUCGGGCGCCCGGGAGGGGCCGGUGGGCUGGAGCCCCGGGCGCUGGUCCUGCCUGACCCGCGGGUGCAGCCGCAGAGAGCAGGCGGGGGCAGCUCACGCUCCGAAAGCGAGGGAGACGCUUUACGCUGCCCUAAACUCUGCAAAGUCCGGGAAAGCCUGGCACCAGGACAGCCGGCGACAGCACAGCAGGUCGUCCUGGCCCGCGUCGGGCACCCUCCAGAAACGGCCCGCAUCCUGUGCCCCCUAGCCGGCAGCCCCGGGAGGAGGACUGCUCCGCGUAACCACUGGGCCCGGCAAGGCGUGGCGUAGAAGGGAGCUGGGAGCGAAAGGGUUACAGGGCUGACGCAAACUCCGGCCAGGAAACUGAGGGUUAAUGAUAACAGCCUUAUUUUAAUGAUUAACCUACCGAUCCCCCCAUCUCUUAGGGAACCAGUGUGUGGUACCCGGUGCAAGGUGACCCAUUGUUUGAGGCCCUGGAGGUUAUUCUCCUUUUGGGGGGGUGGGGCCUGAAUUUUAAGUCUUGGGGUUUAACUUAAUUAUCUGGAGGGUUAAAACGAAGACCUAAAUAGGCUGCGGGAGUGUUUGCACGUGUGCGUAGCAUGUUGCGUUGUAGCCCAGGGACGGCGUCUGGGUGUGCGGUGUGUUUUGAGCCCUAGUGACCUAUAUUCCGCACUGUAUGGUCGGUCCUUGGCACACUGCGCACCUACAGCUCCAAGGAGGUUGUGUAGUCGGUGCUGGCCAUAAGCGCAAGUUCCAAGCGCCCAUCAUCUCUGUGUGGAACCUGCCCCUCUGUUGCCCUUGUGGCCUUCAGACUUCAGACGACUAUGCCUGGCCUUCCCACGGUAACUUCCAACUCGGCAGGUGGAACUGGACGUGAAGAAGCUGUUGCUAGUUUUGUAUGGAAAUUCCUGCUUUUGCUGAAUUAAGAAGAAAAAGAACCCAAAUAAACCAGACCCUCUACCCGAAUUGAGAGUGUGAAGACUCUUCUGCACACACCCCCUCCCAUCACUGUCCCCUUUCUCUCCUCAGUUAGUUGGGUCUCUUCCUGAGACCCAGCCUCAGUCUCUGUUGGAGUGAGUGACCCCUCCGGUUCUGGGAGGCCCAGACCUUUCACGCCCCUACCGGAAGAGGAAGCUAACCCUGAGGGCUCUGAAGGUGCCUCCAAGAGAGGGUAGAGGUUCAGUGUCCCGGAGCCUGGCAGUGAGCAGUUUUGGUGAUGAGACUUGGGAAGGAGUAAAGGAUGCAGUGGGAAUAGGUAUCUGGUUUAAACUGAUGGUUCUCAAAUAACUUUGGCAUAUUGUAAAAGUUGAGUUUGACCCUUAUUUUGAAAGGGAACUUUUGUAUCCUCAAUGUUGCCUAUCUUAGGUAUCUCUCAACCAAGCGACUUGCUUUUGUAAUAUGCCCACGGUGACCUUUCUAGGUCUCUAAGUGGUCUGGUUGGGCUGGGAUGGAGAGAUUGCUGCCCUUUCUUUCUGAUUCAGGUGCUCAUGAGAGUUCUGUGGUGAGCAGUUCAAAAUGGUGACCAAGGGGAGGCCUAGUAGAGUCUCUCAGUCAAUCCCCCAAGGUAUCUAAAUAAUGUGUUAUCUUUCCAAUUAUGAAACCAAUAAGGCUUUUUGUAGAAAAAAAAUAAGUACAAAGAAGAAUAGGGUAUAUGUGACCCACGUCACCACUCCCCGAUAGGUAGGUUUAAUCUUUUGGCAUAUGCCUUCCCGGUUUCUCUCCGUAUUCCAAAGUCCGUUCAGAUGCCUGUCUCCCACAGUGCCUUCUGAGGGAGGAAGGAAUACCCAGUCCUGGUGAGAUAACGGCUGCACAGAGGACUCACGGUGUGGGAGCUCGUGGACGUGUCCCCUCCCCUCCACAUGCCAACUUGCUGCCUUCCUGGGACAGGACGUCCUGGUGCCAUGGUCACUGCACGCUGACAAUGCCCUUCUCUCCUCUCCAUUCUCAUUAACUCAGCAGCGCUGAACUCUGGUGGUGAUGGAUUCCUGAUAAGUCGGUUUGAUCACCCCUUCAUAAACUUAGUUAAUUGUUAAACUACACAGCACACUGUAUUUGGUGUGUGAUCCAAAACAUUAAUUGAAACCCACUGUGCAAACAGAGGCAGACACCCUCCUGUUCUCUUCCUGCGUCUCACUCCCCUGUGGACACAGUGGUCUGUUUCCUUCCAGACCCAGCUCAGUGAUCCCCUCCUGCCUGACACCCUCAAGUUCUGCUUCUUCCCUGAUCCUAUGUCCUAUGUGUGUAUUCACUUAACAGCACCCUCAUGGCCUCCACUAGAUGGUAAACCGAAAUGAAGGGUCCAUCUCUCUGGCACCCAGGAGAUACCUAUGGACGGGAAGUUUUUUGAAAAGCAUAAAGGAUGUUGUUGGCAGAAAGAUAAAAAUCGCAGUGAAGAAGAAAGUAAAGGUGGAGGUUAAGGGAGACAAAGUGGAAAACAAGGUGCUGGUGCUCACGUCCUGCAGAGCCUUCCUCCUGACCGCGCGCAUCCCCACCAAGCUCGAGCUCACCUUCAGCUACCUGGAGAUCCAUGGCGUCUUCUGCAACAGGCCAGCCCAGAUGGUGGUGGAAACGGAGAAGUGCAGCGUCUCCAUGAAGAUGGCGUCCCCCGAGGACGUGAAUGACGUGCUGGCGCACAUUGGCUCCUGCUUGCGGAAGAUCUUCCCCGGCCUGUCUCCAGUGAGAAUCAUGAAGAAGGUCUCCAUGGAGCCAUCUGAACGCCUGGCCAGUCUCCAGGCCCUGUGGGACAGCCAGACUGUGGCAGAGCAGGGCCCCUGUGGUGGUUUUUCUCAGAUGUACGCCUGCGUGUGUGACUGGCUGGGAUUUGCCUACAGGGAAGAAGUACAGUGGGAUGUGGAUACGAUUUACCUGACACAAGACACCAGGGAGUUGAAUUUACAAGACUUCAGUCAUCUGGACCACAGGGACCUCAUCCCCAUCGUUGCUGCUCUGGAGUACAAUCAGUGGUUCACCAAGCUGUCUUCGAAGGACCUAAGACUGUCUGCUGACGUCUGCGAACAGAUCUUAAGGGUGGUGAGUCGGUCCAGUCGGCUGGAAGAACUGGUGUUGGAAAACGCUGGACUGCGAACAGAUUUUGCACAAAAACUGGCCAGUGCCCUAGCACAUAACCCCAACUCAGGGCUCCACACGAUCGACCUUGCUGGCAACCCGCUGGAGGACAGAGGUGUGUCCUCUUUAAGUAUUCAAUUUGCCAAACUCCCGAAGGGAUUAAAGCAUUUAAAUUUAUCUAAAACCUCACUAUCACCUAAAGGGGUGAACAGCCUUUCUCAGUCCCUCAGUGCCAACCCGCUGACCGCCUCCACCCUCACCCACCUGGACCUCUCAGGGAACACGCUCCGCGGAGACGACCUCUCGCACAUGUACAAUUUCUUGGCUCAGCCAAAUGCCAUUGCUCACCUGGACCUAUCCAACACAGAGUGCUCCGUGGACAUGGUCUGUGGUGCUCUCCUCCGCGGAUGCCUGCAGUACUUAGCUGUGCUCAAUCUCUCCAGAACCGUCUUCUCUCACCGGAAAGGAAAAGAAGUGCCCCCGUCCUUCAAGCAGUUCUUCAGCAGCUCCCUGGCUCUGAUGCACAUCAACCUCUCCGGCACAAAACUGUCUCCCGAGCCCUUAAAAGCGCUGUUGCUGGGCCUGGCUUGUAAUCACAGCUUGAAAGGGGUUUCUCUUGAUCUCAGCAACUGUGAGCUUGGCCAUUGUCUGAGGUCGGGGGGUGCGCAAGUCCUGGAGGGCUGCAUUGCUGAGAUCCACAACAUCACCAGCCUGGACAUCUCCGACAACGGUUUAGAAUCUGACCUCUCCACCUUAAUAGUGUGGCUCAGUAAAAACAGAUCAAUACAACACCUGGCGCUAGGCAAAAAUUUUAAUAAUAUGAAAUCCAAAAAUCUGACACCUGUGUUGGACAACUUAGUACAGAUGAUCCAAGAUGAAGAAUCACCUCUGCAGUCCUUGUCCCUGGCUGACUCCAAGCUCAAGGCCGAGGUCACCAUAAUCAUCAACGCCCUAGGAAGCAACACCUCCCUGACCAAAGUGGACAUCAGCGGGAACGGAAUGGGGGACAUGGGAGCAAAGAUGCUGGCCAAAGCCCUGCAGAUCAACACCAAGCUCAGGACUGUGAUCUGGGACAAGAACAACAUCACUGCCCAAGGCUUUCAGGACAUAGCUGUUGCUAUGGAAAAGAACUACACGCUGAGAUUCAUGCCGAUUCCCAUGUACGACGCCUCUCAAGCCCUUAAAACCAGCCCCGAGAAGACAGAAGAAGCUCUGCAAAAGAUAGAAAACUAUCUGCUGCGGAACCACGAGACCAGGAAGUACCUUCAAGAGCAGGCCUACCGCCUGCAGCAGGGCAUCGUCACCAGCACCACCCAGCAGAUGAUCGACAGGAUCUGUGUGAAAGUGCAGGACCACCUCAACUCCCUCCGCAACUGCGGGGGGGACGCCAUCCAGGAGGACCUGAAGACGGCGGAGCGGCUCAUGCGCGAUGCCAAGAACUCCAAGACGUUGUUACCAAAUUUAUACCACGUUGGUGGUACCUCCUGGGCAGGAGCCACUGGCCUGAUGUCCAGCCCCAUCCAUGAGACCCUGGAGUCGAUGGCUGGGGAAGUCACGAGAGUUGUGGACGAGCAGCUCAAGGCCCUGCUGGAAUCCAUGGUAGAUGCUGCUGAGAACCUCUGCCCCAACGUGAUGAAGAGAGCCCACAUCCGGCAAGACCUGAUUCAUGCCAGCACUGAGAAGAUCUCCAUCCCUCGCACCUUUGUUAAAAAUGUGCUGCUGGAGCAGUCUGGAAUCGACAUCCUAAACAAAAUCAGUGAGGUGAAGCUGACAGUGGCCUCCUUCCUGUCGGACCGGAUCGUGGACGAGAUCCUGGACGCGCUGUCGCACUGCCAUCACAAGCUGGCCGACCAUUUCAGCAGACGCGUGCAGACCCUCCCUCAGCAGGAGCCUGUCGAGGCCGAGCUGGCCGAGAAGCCGCCCAGGCGCUCCCUGGUGCCAGCGGAGGACCUGACGGAGGCGGAGCGCUUGGAGGACCUGGACGCGUGCAUGACUCUCUGCUGCACAAGCAUGACGCCUAAAUCCAAGAGGAAGAGCAUCCACAGCCGAAUGCUGCGGCCUGUGUCCAGGGCCUUUGAAAUGGAGUUUGACCUUGAUAAAGCCCUGGAAGAGGUGCCAAUUCACAUCGAAGACCCACCAUUCCCGUCCGCCAGGCAGGAGAAGCGGAGCUCAGGGUUCAUCUCCGAGCUGCCAUCGGAGGAGGGCAAGAAGCUGGAGCACUUCACCAAGCUGCGGCCCCGGAGGAACAAGAAGCAGCCGCCCACGCAGGCCGCGGUCUGUGCUGCCAACAUAGUCUCCCAAGAUGGAGAACAGAACGGUCUUAUGGGGAGAGUGGAUGAAGGUGUAGAUGAAUUUUUCACCAAGAAAGUGACCAAAAUGGAUUCCAAGAGGUCAUCCGCGAGAGGCUCCGAGUCCCACGAGCUCGCGGAAGGAGGGGACGAGAAGAAGAAGCGAGAUUCCCGGAGAAGCGGCUUUCUCAAUCUCAUCAAGUCCCGGUCCAAGUCCGAGCGGCCACCCACAAUUCUGAUGACAGAAGAGCCGUCCUCACCGAAAGGGGCAGUCAGAAGCCCAGCCCUGGACACGCCCAGGAAGGAGCCCAAGGCGGCCGAGCCCAGUGGCAGUGCCGAGCGCCCGGAGGACGCCAAGACGCCCGACUCCCUGGAGGAGAGUCCCGGGGAGGAGGGGCGGCCGGAGGGGCGGCUGGAGCGCAGCGACAGCAGGAGCAGCCCCCAGGGAGGGCGGCGGUACGGCGUGCAGGUGAUGGGCAGCGGCCUGCUGGCCGAGAUGAAGGCCAAGCAGGAGAAGAGGGCCGCGUGCGCACAGAAGAAGCUUGGCAACGAGGCCGUCUCCCAGGACUCCCCCGGCAGCCCGGCCUUGAGCAGCACAGAGCGGUUGGACGGCGGAGGGGCAGUGCCUAAACUGCCUCCAGGUCUCCCAGAAAACCGCUUUGGUCUGGGAACACCAGAAAGGAGCAGCAAAGCAGAGCCCAAGGUGGAGGUGGGCUCCAGGUCUCGGAGUUCGUCCAGCAACCCCACCAGCCCCAAGCCCCUCCUGCAGUCCCCCAAGCCCUCCCUGGCAGCACGGCCCAGCAUCCCGCAGAAACCAAGAGCCGCCUCCCGGCCCGAGGAUGCCCCGGACUCUCCAUCCGGUCCCAGUUCCCCUAAAGUCGCCCUUCUUCCUCCUGCCUUGAAGAAAGUGCCCGUGGACAAGGACAGAGACAGCCAGAACAGCCCCCAGCCCAGCCCCCGCGUGUUUUCCCAGGAAGUUUCAAGGAGAAGCUGGGGCCAGCAGGCCCAGGAGUAUCAGGAGCAGAAGCAGCAGCGGCCCUCCAGUAAAGACGGCCCCCAGGGCAGCAAGUCAAGUGACUCGGGAGAGGAGGCCGAGAAAGAGUUUAUUUUUGUGUGAAGGUCCCCGGGCAGAGUCUCACUGUGCAGGUGCGUGUGGCCCUCAGAGAGGAGGGCGCCUCCUCUACUCUUGGUGCUCUCUUCUUUCUUCUUCCUCCUUUCGGAGCAUAACAACAGAUCCAUUCCUGGUCUCAAAGCACACUUCUGGUCUUCCCGUCCUUCGCACUGGAUUCUAAACCUUGCUUCACAAGCUUUCAGCAAAAGCCAGCAGUUAUUCCAUGGGCCCUCCUUGAACUUCUCUGAGGCAGCUACAAAUUGCCCGGCAAGAUGAGUCUUUGGAGGUCAAAGCGUAGCUGCACACACACGCACAGGUGCUCCACCCCGAGACCCAGGGCACUGCCGACCGUGCCUGUCACAUCUGCCCAUGACUGGAUAGAGCGGUUUAUUCUUGAUGUAAGCAUUGCACAUUGUAAUUAUAUUAACAGAGCACACUAAUAAAUAAUUUGUAUAAAUUAUAUUUAUUAGAUCUUGGUAUGGUUUUUACAUUCUCCCAUGGGGAACUUCUUCCUUCCUGAAGUGGAAUUGUACAUUUAAAGGUUAGUUGGUGGCCUUCGGGUGCCAUCAACAAGCACAGCUGAGAAUGGAGUGAGCUUGGUCCAUGUGGAUUCUUCCAUGUGCCCAGAUCAAUGUACAUAUUUGAUUGGAAUGAAGUUUUAUGAAUAUUCAUGUUUUGGAAGGCCUUUAAUUUCUGCUGCAUUUUAGGUUUUAAUGUGUGGUUUUAAGAGAGAAUACUUUGACACCUGUAAAAAGAAAUCAGAAUACUACUCUUUUAUAAGACAUUUCACAAAUAUUCACUUGCAUUACAGGCUGAAAGUAUUUUAUUCAUAUGUAUAUUUAUACCAAUAAAAUGAUUUUACAAGCGGAA